AAAUGUAGAUAGUUGUGAACUUUGAAUGAUUAGCAACCUCACUUCUCUCAGUCAGUUCGUGCUAACAUUGUCCUCUUAACCUCGAUCCCAGAGAAACCCUGGGAACGAGGUUGUUUCGGUUUUGGUUUGUAUAUGCUGUAUGUGUCAUACAUGAAGGGGUGUUUAUUUUAACGACCCCCGGUUGACGGGCAGGAUGCACACAUCGUUCUCUCUCCCCCUUCUCUCGUAUUUAGUCGUGAAAAUACCCAACAUGGGGUCGAACUUCAGACAGUGUUGAGGCUUCCCCAGCUUAGUAGCGGUGUGUUAUAGCAACUUUAUUCUUCACGAACAUCCUAGACUCGGCCCAAGGUUAGACAAGGGCAAAGACACUAUUAUAGGGAUGUACGUAACUUUAAUCACUCAAUUUUUUUUACUGUUUUUUAAUGGCGACUCUUGAAAAAAAUUCAUCCUCGAGUUCAAAUCUCUUUGUGACUGACUCUUGUAUCUCGUUUUGUCAGAGAAAUCAGAGUAAUAUAUCGAUCGGAUUCUGGAGUAUACAUAAUUCACACUCUUGCUCACAAGCUCAUUUUACGCAAUUCGUUGUGCCAUUUUGGCAUAUUUUGUUUGCGAGACGCAAGUUGCGUUACAAUUUGGUUUGUGCAACACAUUAGCCAGAAGGAAAACUCAUCUAUUUUGCGCAACAAUUUCGCAACACUUGUGCGUUGCACAUUGUAACACAACUCGACGUAGAUAUCGGUGUAUUGCAACGCGUUUUCGAAACGCCUUUCGUCAACUCGUCUCAGUUGUGAGGCAAUACACGAGACGCUAUCCAGAGUGUAGCGGCAUGAUUACAAGUCAUUUUCCUUUUCGGAUACUGUGAGAACUGUUUUUUCGUACAAAACACGGAAUGCUUCAAUGCGAUACAUAGUAGACAAUACAUUUAACAGUAGUGCAGCUUGAUCCCGUCCAUUGGUACAUGUAAGCACAAUCGCGCUCAACCUUGUUAUGUCUAUGUGACACAUAAAGUCUAAACCGGGGUUGGCGGGGAGGGGGUACUCCCUUAUAUGAGCUUUAUGGGUUUGUGCAAAAGGUGUAGUUUUUAAGCGGUUUUGAUCUGACAAAAGGGUAUAACCAUUUUGGCCUGAAAUGGGGUAGGUUUUUGACUCUGGUUUGGCAUUGCGUAUUAGUCUCAAAUGGUUCUAAACAUAUUGUGGGCAAAAUGCGUCAAAAUGUAGUGACCAGAGCACGGAGCAAACUGACUGCCAGUGAGAACGAUCUUGCCCGCCUGGUUUGACAGUCUUGAGGAAUUUUUUUUUUGUUACGCAGAAGCUCGGUUCAAAGAGUUUACCCUGUCUAUAAGACCCAUUGGCCUUUCUGCUAUAAACCUUAAAGGAAACCAUGACGUAGGCGAUUGAAUUGUUAGCGUGUUGAUGAGUUUUCCCAAUUUUCACUGUAGUGUAUUUUGUAGUGCCGGACUGAAUCCAAUCUUUUCUGUAUUUCGUAUAAUGUAACCGUCAAGGAGUGUAUUUUGCUUGAUUAAGUCAGGUGGUGGAAGAAUCGAAGUCAAAUCCUAGGCAGUAAAUGCGCAAACAAUUUCUGACUGAUAUUGUCUAAUCACAAUACAGCACUACGAAUUACGACUUGCCCAGGUCGGGAUACGAAAGGUUCCCUAGUAACAUCCUUGCCAAUAUCGGGGUAUCCCCAGGGGUAUCUCAUUAAAACAGGUCCACCGCCCCCCUCCCCGCCUACCCUGCUAACUACGAGAGAACAGAAAAUGGUACUGUUAUAUGUAAGGAACUGCUACCGGGAGAAUCUACUAAAUUUCAAAGGGAACAUUUUUCAAGGCGAAUUCUCGGCAUUUUUUCCUUUGGAAAACGGCGAACUUCGAAUUGUCGACAACACAGUUCAUUCGCUGUACUGUGGUAAGAGCGUAUGAUGCCACUGCAAAACGUUGUCAGUACUGACGUUUAAAGCUACGGACAUCGAGUAAAAUUCGAUUUUUGAUUGUCUGUGAUCAAACAAGACACUAGUACAUGUGAUUUGUAGGUUUGAUGCCAUGGUGUACUUGCCACAACGAUCAAAUGUAGACAUUUUACGUGGCAUCGAGAAACCCUUGAGCAAUUUAAACACUUUUAAGUAGAAGGGAACGAUACAAUUUGAAACUGUCUGUCUUUGAAAAAUAGUCUUUUAUUACCAUUCUCGUAAAGAAGUCUUCUUCACCUUCAACUUUCUUAUAUGUGUUUUUUUCCUAUUUGUUACGAGUCGCUCAAAGCGGGCCGGUUUUCUAUCGUUGGUAAAUAGCGUUGCUAAUAUAUUCAAGAGCUGCUUUACUGAAUUAAGUCGGCUCCUUAACGACACGUCCUAACCAGGAAAAAUCUAUCCUUUUGAAAAUUUUGCUAGAAAGAUUUUUACAUCGUCGUGUAUCUAGCCAUGCCGAAGGAAUUAGUCUGCGAAGUAAACAGUACGUAAAUUUUUCCUUUUUUCCGGCAACACUGAAUAUUAUUUUAUAUUUAUUAAGACAAAAACGCGGGGAAAAUUUACCUUUCCUUCUUCGCUUAGAUUCCGGUGGAAAUUUCAGUUUGCGAGAGGUUUAAGAGAGAAUAUUAGACUAUAAACUUAAAUAAAUUAUCCUUAUUGCCUUUUGCCCUGGCUUCAAAACUUUACGUACCGAUCACUAUUUUUUCUUCGGCAGUAUAAAAAGUUUAUUAAUCAUAUAUCAUCUUUGAUGUAUUUGUGUAAUAUUCUUAUAAUUAUAAUUCUGUCGAUGGUGUCGAUGGCCUUCUUAUGAAACAGGAUGUUUUCUUUUCAUCUCUCUUUUCGCAAUUUGUUUUAUGCGAUAUUAAACGUUUCUUGUCGGAUAAACACUGAAGUUUUUUUCCUCUUCGCUCGCUUCUCCGAGCUGUUUUGAAUUCAAAAGAUUUCUAACGAAUCCCGACUUACUUAUUAUAUUUGUUUAGCUUUACAGACGAUUUAUUCAGCUAAUAGUAACUCGAGGUAACGAACUCGCCAGUAAAAUAUUCAUUAUUGGUUAUUCGUGUCACAGGCAAAAAUCCAAUAGUACUGGCCGCGAUUUUAUCGUUUUUUAAGCGCUUAAGUCAAAUACCAUCGAAUGAAAUUUCAAACAAGAGUUUGUCACAAAGAACUAUUGUCCAUUAUUAAGAGAACUUACAGUUAAACAGCUGAUUUAAUUCGACUUUAAAUAUACACAUCUCUUCCCUCGAUCACCGAACGAAGUCGAAGUUGACAGCUUACACGUUUUCUACAACUUCCUCACGAAGAGGCCUUCCUUAUACAGUGCUAUGAUCUGGUGAAACUAUUGUUUUUUGCCUCUUUACAAGAUUUUUUUUUUUUGCGCGCCAGAGAUCUAUUAUUGAUGUAUGCUUAAGUAUCGGACUGAUCCCUUUUAACAUACUAUAAUUUAGAUCUUAAAAAAAAAAAAAACAUCUUUUAAUAUCGUGGCUUUUUCAAUAGGGAAUUGAAAGGUCGUAAACACCUUAUAAGGCGGGAAAACAUCGGAAGCCGAGGCUUCUAAUCAUACGAACUGAUCUGCCAAAUAAAGUUAAAUCCGGUCACUAACUAUUUCCGUCCGUCAGCAGUUCUAAGGAGUUGGUUUUGAAAUUGUAACUUAUCAGUGUCUGCUCAAGUUAACUUUUUUUAGAUAUCGCUGUAGUUUGCGCAAGACGCAGAAUGUUGCUCUGCAGGGGCGUGCGUGCGUAAAAUUUUAUGGAAAUUAUUUAUGAAGCUAAUAUAGUGGUUCUAAACUUCGCGUGAAUGUGGAGUAUAUUUUUCUUCUCUCGAAAUCUAUAUUAGCGCGUUUCUGUUUUAAAGGAUUAUCGGAAAAGCCUUUUAUAAACAUCUUUGUGCCGGCCUUUCUUUAGAUCGUGUUCAAGAUAGUUCUUUUCCAAAGCACCUUUCGUGAGGUCCGUUCGUGUUUACAUUUUGUUGUCACUUAUCCGGGAUGUUCUUCAGUUCACAUUGUUGUUCUAAGUCGUUCAAGUAUAUCAGGACAAAAGCACGAACCCUAAACAUCACUAGAACGAAAAAACAUUCUUUAAAUUACAGUUUGCUUCAUGUUAUCCGCCCGAAAAAAAAAAUGGCGUCGCUAGCGCUUUCGUGCCUCCAGUCCAUGCCAACGAGGUUGCAUUCAUUCCCAGUUCCUGGUCGUUGAUAAGUGUUGUGACAAAAAUUUAGGGUUUUCUCACUUCUGUUUAGGUUAACGUUUUUCAACCCGCGAUAACAGGUGCUACUUCUACUGCAGAAUUACACGUUGGAAAGCUGUAAAAAAGCCAUUAUAAACGACGGUAGAAUAUUCCCAUGGAGUGCGAAUUUGAGUAACAGAGACAUGUUUAAGUUUAUUCCCCUUAAAUUCGACGCGCUUCGUCCAGGUUUUGUUUGCAACGACAAGUGCAACCGCGGUAACACUGCGCUCUAAAGAGAGCUUAAGAUAUUUUAAGUUUAAACAGGAUAGUGAAACGACUGAAAGUGAAAAGUUCAUUGUGUUGUAGAAAACGAAUGCUGUUUUUGUUUAUAAGGGUGUCCACUCGCUCGCUCGCCCUUCUGGCAACGGACCAGUUUGAGGCCAGUUCAGGGAAGUGAUGUGAUACGCUGAGUGGCUCGCCUCUUGUUCUAUCUGUCACUUUUUACUCACAUCAUCUUCGCCAGAAAGACCAAUUAAAAUUUAAAAGCGUCGUUUGCGAGCAAAACAGCGCACAUCCUGUUAUGAAAUGAGCCUUUUAUGAGCGCGCGAAAAUUGUUUAUUCUCAAAUAGCGGAGAGGGUAAACCCGUUGCCUGGGUUAAGACUCGUCUCUAGCGAAGGAAACUGUGUUAGUCAGAAUUCAGCGAAGCGUGGUAAUUAUUCUAAAGCCACGUGGCAUGUGGGCCAGCCCCCGAUUCAACGGGCGUCCAAUCAGCGGCCAGUAUUUGCCGGUAUCUUCAGUGACAUGUGACUCGACCCGGCUGGUUUUCUGCUCCCACUCACACUUACUCAAGAACAACAUUUCAUUGAUUCGUUCCCUGUGCAAGGGAAAACAUGGGCUCUCCCGAGCAUUUGGUGUGCUUUCACUGCACUGCCACAAGAUUACCGGCUGAAGAAUCGGACACCGAGGAAGAAACCAUCACUGGCAUCUCGUGGAUCGUUGUCGAUGUCAAAUCAAACCAGCUGGGUUCCGUGCAUAGAUGUGUUGUGAAAUCGGGCCUGUCUGGAGCGAACGAUGCGUUAAAACAACCCACUGCCAAGUCGCCUGUGACCACUGAAGCUGAACAACUCGGGGAAGCCUUAGAAGAGUUUGACAACUUUGUUGAAGAGACUCUGACAUGCACAGGGGAAAGGUGGUGUCUUGUGACAGAUGGACAGUUCCCACUGAGACAUCACUUACAUUUGGAAGCCGGCAGGAAGAAAGCCAAGUUGUCACAACACUUUUAUAGCUUUUAUGAUCUUAAGAAGGAAGUCAGAAAGGUGGUGAAGCAUGAUUCUGACUUUAAAGACCUUGAAGAAGUGGCUUCAUACUGUAAAAUUGAUGUAAAUAACAACAACCCAGCCGGUCUGGAACAUUGCAAGCUUAUGGCAAGUGUGGUUCAGUAUCUCAUCAAAGAAGGUCACAAGUUUAAAGAUGUUGAAAAGAUCAGUGGGAAGUAUGAGCCUGGACCAUGGUAUGGUGCUUCUUUGCGAACAAAAAACCUUGGUCUUGUACUUGAUGACACAAUUCUAAGAGCGAGAGGUCUUCCAUGGCAAGCAUCAGAUCAAGAUGUUGCAAACUUCUUCAAAGGCCUCAACAUCCUAAAGGGAGGGAUCGCCUUUUGUUUAAAUGCCCAAGGAAGAAGAAAUGGUGAAGCAUUUAUAAGGUUUGAGAAAGGAGAACAUAGAGAACUUGCAUUGAAAAGACACAAACAUCAUCUUGGAACAAGGUACAUUGAGGUUUACAGAGCUACAGCACAGGACUUCUUAAAAAUUGUCAGAGGUCCAGUUGAUGUCACGCAGAUUGCUGCCAACUUUGUUUCGAACAAGGCUGAUGUGAUUAUCAGAAUGAGGGGACUUCCAUUCAACACCAAGGAGACAGAAGUUAUUGAAUUCUUUGAUGAGGAUGCACCAGUAUUCAAAGGAGAAGCAGGAAUCCUUAUGGUCAGAAACAGUUUUGGAAAAGCUACAGGAGAUGCAUUUGUUCUUUUUGAAACAGAAGAGCAUGGAUGUGCAGCAUUAAGAAAGCACAGAUGCACACUGGGCUCCCGAUAUGUUGAGCUGUUCCGUAGUUCCCAAAGUGAGGUUCAGCAAGUUCUGAAUUCUUACAGCAACUUCUUGCACAACUUUCCACCUAUCAUGUUGCCACCCCUUCCUCAACAACCACCAUUUCACCCUCCUUUCUUACUUCCCGGGCCAUGCAUUAAUGGCAUGAACACCAAAGACUGUCUGCGCCUAAGGGGUCUGCCAUUCUCGGCAACAGUGCAAGAUGUGUUAGACUUUCUUAAGGAGCAUGCUGCAUUCGUCAUUCCUGGUGGGGUUCACAUGGUUUUUAACACCCAGGGUCGACCCUCUGGAGAUGCCUAUGUACAGUUGGUAUCUGCAGAAUGUGCUAAAACAGCCACCACUGAUCUUCACAGACAGCACAUGGGAGAGAGAUACAUUGAAGUGUUUCCAUGCUCAGGAGUCGACAUUGCUUCAAUCAUUACAAGCAGCACAAUCAAUCAAACUAAGAUGACAUCAGUCAACAAUACUCCCUACAGUCAUCCAUGUUCGUACCCUGUGACCAAUGGCAUGGUCACCAGUCCAAAUGGGACACAUAUGAAUGGACACACAGACAAUAUAACUGCUACAUCUGCUUGUCGCAGUCCAACAGGCAUGUAUGUACCUCACUCACCGACAUACUUCAACUGUGUCAUGCCUACAAGUGGUAUUGGAGGAGGCAGUGUGAGUUAUUAUCCACCAGCCAGUACGAAUGUUAGGAUGAGAAUGUCACCAUACUUGCCGCAACCUUACGAAAUGAUACCCUUCUUUCAAGGAUACCAGAUUGCAGACUAUGGAAGGUAGUUGAAAUAAAGCAACACUGAGUUACAGAACAAAAUCAACUCCAAGUAGUCCUUAAUAGACAAUAAUUAUUAAUAGUCAUAGUACAUGACAAAAUCACUUUAGAAAUGAUAAAUCAAGAUGAGCUCAUAGAGUCUAGAGCUUACGUAGCUAAUGCUGCCUGCUUAACAACAGCUCAAAGUAGCCAGAGGUCUCCUCUAUCUUUUCUGGUCACAGAGGAAAAAAAAUCAAUAAAUUAGUGCAAGUUUUGGUGAAAACAAAAUAUCAAUGCAGCAGUUUUAAGUAUGUAACCACACUACCAAAAUUCUCAGUAAAACUUUCAAAAAUUGUGAAAGAUCUUGCACAAAAAAGACACUAAUGAAAGGUGUUUCAGAAAUGCUUCACUUUCUGUGUACCUUCCACAAUGAAGAUAGAAGAUAACAGAUAAUUUGAAUGAGAAAAGUUUAGUUUUAACAAAAACUCAACAGUGUGAAAAGUUCUGAAAAUAACAUUGCAAUGGAACAAAAAUAUUUAAAAGUGAAAAAUAGUGGAAGAAUUGAGAUUAAAACGAGAGCAAAAGUUUGUGACACAAAAUUGAUAUCAAUUAAGAUUUAUGUUUUGAAUUAAUUUGAUGAAAAAUGACAAAUUUUAACAUUCUACUUGAUAAAGUAGCCAUGAAUUUAGUAACUACUGAUAAUCAAUUAUUUCAUGCAAAGGCAUCUCUAGAUUUUAGGAAAACCAACAAACAAACUAAUGUGCAGUAAAUCAAUUAUCAGAAUGAUAAUGUAUAAUAAUUACUAUGAAUUGUAGAAAUGUUUUCAAAAUACAGAUUUUAUUUAUUUUAUUCAAGCUGGAACCCAAGACACCAGUUCAACAUGCAAUCUUUUCAGCCUCAAUAAAAAUGAACAUUCAAUUUUCUCUUGUUGGUGGUUUAGAAGAGUACAAUGAAUCAUAGCAAGAACAUGAUUUAAAAACAAUAUAGCCUUUGACCAGGCUGUCAUAUGCUGUGGCACAAGCAAAGGCGAAGCUGCAAGAGAUAAGUUGGCAAAUGCCACUUUUUUUCAUGCCAAGUCCCUCUGGCUUGCUUUGCUCUCCAACACAUCUCAUGGCUUGGCCUUUGCCACAAUGCAAAAUAGCUUGCUGUUGUCUAUAUAAUAACUAUUAACAGCUUCUCGCCGUUUGUACAUUGAGACAUAGAAAGAUCUGUCAACUGAAUUAAGCCUUGUGAGGCUGAAAAGGUUCAUUUGGCUGUCAGCUGUAAAUUAGAGCAUAAACGUACAUUGUACAGUUAUGUAAUUAGUAUCAAUUUAUGUUUGAUAGUCAGAUUCAAACUAGUUUUUAGAACUUUUGUAUUAGUUGCUAGUCAUGCAGGAACAAAGCCAUUGUUGGCUUAAGCAUUAUAUAACAAAGCUGUACAUUGCAAUCAAAAGAGUUUGAAUUACUGAUUAUAAUAAAUGCCGCAGUCUAUCUUGUUAAGAAGUUAACCCUUUGAGCCCUGAUUUCUACAGACGAACUCUUCUUCCUGGUGUCCAUAUGUUUUGCACAGUGUCAUUUAGGAUAAUUUGAUUAUGUGAAGUCUUUGAUUGAUCUGUUACUAUUUUGCUCUCUGUGGCAUACAUGUUUCAAUUGAGUUUGAUUUUGUUUGUUUGUUUUUUUUUACAAGAAACAAGAGACUGAUCAAUUAAGGGCUAAAAUGGUUACAUCCUAACAGUGGCAUGACUUUGCCAAGAGACUUGAUUGAUAAUUAUGUUAGAGUGGAUAAGAUUAUUUUUCAGGAUUAGAGGAACAAUGUUCAGUCAAGACUGGAUCAUAUUCAUAGACCAACAAAUAAUUUCUCCAACAUUUAUUUGUCUCUAAACAUUGCAAUAUUUAUGGGCAAAGUUUUUGAACUGGCCAUAUUGUUUUUAUUUACUUACAACUAAUUAUAUGUUUGACAAAUAACUGUGUAUUACCAGUCAUUGCAAGGGCCAGAAUGACAAUCUGUUCAAUCACAGUCAAAAUACAGUUUUACUACAAGCUGAACAUGUCUGCAGUGAAAAUGAAUGUGAAAUAUAAGCUAUAUGUUAAAUUGACAGAGAAAAGAGAAACAUUAUUUUAACAAAAAGAAGCAGAAACAUGACAAUACAUAAAAGCCAGGAAAACCAAAUAAAAAUUACAUGUUUUAAGCAUUCAGGCAAAGCCAGUGUAAUUUAAUUGCCAUUAAUAAAAUUGCACUAAUUAUAUUUUCAAAAUGUGCUGGUGGUGAAUACGUGCCACCUUCAAUGUUUCCUGAAUGCGGAUCAAUCAUUGUGAUAUUGUUACCAAGAAUGUCUUGUUAUUUCAAUCCAGUUUUAUUAACUACAAGUAGAAGAAAUACAAUUUCAUGAUAAUAAUUAUAGCUAUUCCAGGAUGUGAUCAAAAUAACGGUCUAUGUUCAGUUAUGGAAUAACUACCCUUCAUGACAGAGUCAGUAUCUUUCACGGCAGUGCCAUGAUUGAGUGCGAGACACUUUAUGAUAUAAUCUCCAACCAUUUUACAAAUCGUAAAGUUUGCAUUGUGAUAUUCAAGGUAACAAAGAGACUUAAGUACAAAUAAUUAUUUUAGCUAUAUUUUUAAACCUACUAAAAUGAGUAAACAAUCUCCAUUGUAAAAUAGAAACAAACUUGUGACAUGUCUUACAAACUUUAAUACCUGCAUAGAUAUACAUUUCUUUGCUAUGAUUUUUACCUCAAAGCAAAAAUCUGUAGCUAUCUAUAUCAUACUUAGCUGGAAAUGACUGGACUUUCUUGGAAAUAAAAAUAAAAUGAAUAGA